AUGCCUUGGCGAGCAACCGUACCUUCACAACCACUGUUGUCUGUUAAUCGAACUUCAGUAGCAUCACCUCAACUAACCUUGCACAGAAAUGACCAAGGUACCAGUCUUCCUGCUAGUGCUCGCUUAGUACAGCAACAAAGUUUUUUUCCACCUUCCACCGUUCCCAGUCAAGGGAACUUGUUCAAAUUAAAGUGGGUUCCAGGGACCACUGUGUCACGUUGCUAUGGUUGCGGCAGGGAUAUAGAGAACCCUCCUCACUCCAUUCCUGAUGACCUUGUCGUAGUUUACCGAGAUCAUCGGCAAUAUUGUGAAAGAGAAACAGGGCAAACCCGCUUCACUGCAGAACCCCAAAAU